GUUACGGACACAUAUUAAACUUCCUCGAACCAAUAAAUACCAAGUUAAACUCCACGCAAAAACCCUAGAAGCUGAAGGCAAGCGCAAGCUCUUUUUUUCAGGUCUCAUAUUCGGCACAGCCGCCUCUGCUCGUACCAGACCAAGAUGAAGUUCAACAUUGCCAACCCCACCACGGGAUGCCAAAAGAAGCUGGAAAUAGACGAUGACCAAAAGCUCCGUGCAUUUUUUGAUAAGAGGAUCUCGCAAGAAGUCAGUGGAGAUGCACUUGGGGAGGAAUUUAAGGGCUAUGUUUUCAAAAUUAUGGGAGGUUGUGACAAGCAAGGCUUCCCCAUGAAGCAGGGAGUGUUGACUCCUGGCCGUGUUCGUCUCUUGCUCCACAGAGGAACUCCUUGUUUCCGUGGAUAUGGAAGGCGCAAUGGAGAACGGAGGAGGAAGUCUGUGCGUGGAUGCAUUGUGAGCCAAGACCUCUCUGUUUUAAACUUGGUAAUCGUGAAGAAGGGAGAGAAUGAUCUGCCUGGACUCACUGACACUGAGAAACCAAGAAUGAGAGGACCAAAGAGAGCAUCAAAGAUCCGCAAACUCUUUAAUCUCUCAAAGGAGGAUGAUGUUCGGAAGUAUGUGAACACUUACCGAAGAUCAUUCACAACAAAGUCUGGAAAGAAGGUUAGUAAAGCACCCAAAAUUCAGAGGUUGGUUACUCCAUUGACUCUGCAAAGGAAGCGGGCAAGAAUUGCUGACAAGAAGAAGAGAAUUGCCAAGGCAAAGGCAGAGGCUGCUGAGUACCAGAAGCUCCUUGCCACAAGAUUGAAGGAGCAGAGAGAACGACGAAGUGAGAGCUUAGCAAAGAAAAGAUCCAGGCUGUCUGCUGCUUCAAAGCCAUCUAUUGCAGCUUAGGUGCCUGCUGUGAUCAUUGAAUUUUGGUAGCAAGAUGAAAUGUCACUUAGUUCUUUAUUUGAUUUCAAUAUGUUGAGAUGUUUGAUUUGAUGGUUAUGAAAGUGCCUAAAACCUCUUAGUCCAUUGAAUUUUUGUCAUUAUAACUUUUCUAUUAUUGUAUGGGAUUAUCGUUGAAUUCUGCA